AUGUCUACCCCUUCAAGGUAAAUUGCCGAAUCUAGCAAGGGAAGUACCCGAGACGCUCAGAUUUUCUUUAAAUUUUUCACACACGCCGGGCAUCGAAAACUCACAAAAAAGUGUCACAUUUUUUUCAAACGUUUGGUUAAAAAUCUCGGUUGUUUCUGCAAAGCGCGAGCUGUAGGAGUCUCGCCUGUCUCAGAAAACAUUGUUCAAAGACUGAGCGUCGCACUUGGGGUGCUUCCUCUGUAAAUAUGAUGUUCUUAGGUCAAACAAAUCGAGGAACUUGAUUGAGUCUGGUGGAUUCGGCCGUUUAAUCUUCAGUCCAGGUGUCUUUAAAAGUCCAAAGUGUGAAUCAGAUGUAAGUACGAAGAGUUUUCUUUUUUAUUGUUUUAGGAUUCUUCUAAAGAAUUUUGUUGGACCCUGGAGGAGCAAUCUUUUAUGGCACCCGCUUUCGUUGAAUUAAAUCAAGCCGUGGAAGAGUAUCAUGAGUAAGUAGAUAUUUUUGAAGAUUCAUGUUUAGAGAGAAAGAUGAGGGAGUCCAGGUUUUCGUCGACAGGUAUUUCAAACAUGAACAUUACAUUCCUAGUCCGGAUCUUGGGGUAAGUAGCAAGUUCUGCAGAAUCACACCACUUUCGGGCAAUUAUAUAACUUUUGUGUUUCAGGCAUCGACAAAGAACCCUGUAAUUCGGCAUAGCAUUUUUUCAUCAAAAUCUUCAAAUAACUCGAGAACAAUUAGGGACGUUGGACAUAAGGCGGUGCAGACGGAUCUGCAUAUACCUUUGGAUUUUGACUUUGAAAGUUUGGUGAAGGAACGUUUGGGCGACAGUUUCAUGUCAGUUGACAGUUCUUUUUCAUCAAUUAAACGGUAGGGAUAUAGUCUAUUUUUGUUGAUUAGGACAGCUCCCGUUUUAGUCGACGGCGUGCCAACAGUUUGUUGACGGAUAUCCCGGCUGAUUCGCCCAACUUGGACAUGUCGGAAAUUCCAGGAACGUCGGCGUCAUUGUCAUUUGAUCCCAGCUUAAGCGAACUCAAAUUCGAUUCCACAGAUAACAAUGUUCAGUCUUUAGAAGUCAUGUCAUCCUCUUUCAAUUCAGAUGGAGGCACAGGACCUCUCGGAGAGGUAUCCGACGAGUAUGAAGUGGUUAGAGAAAAGCUUGACCUGUCUCCAAUACAGCGAUAG